UAAAAAAAGUUCUUCCAAAAUAGUGUGCCCGGGGAGCAGGAUGGGGGAUUUCGCAGCCCCCGCUGCUGCCGCGAAUGGCAGUAGUAUUUGCAUCAACAGUAGCCUGAACAGCAGCCUCGGCGGGGCCGGGAUCGGUGUGAAUAAUACUCCCAAUAGUACUCCCGCUGCUCCGAGUAGCAAUCACCCCGCUGCCGGCGGCUGCGGCGGCGGCAGCGGCUCCGGGGGCCCCGGCGGCGGCUCGGCGGCCGUCCCCAAGCACAGCACGGUGGUCGAGCGGCUCCGGCAGCGCAUCGAAGGCUGCCGGCGGCACCACGUCAACUGCGAGAACAGGUACCAGCAGGCUCAGGUGGAGCAGCUGGAGCUGGAGCGCCGGGACACCGUGAGCCUCUACCAGCGGACCCUGGAGCAGAGGGCCAAGAAAUCGGGCGCCGGCACCGGCAAGCAGCAGCACCCGAGCAAACCCCAGCAAGAUGCGGAGGCUGCCUCGGCGGAGCAGAGGAACCACACGCUGAUCAUGCUACAGGAGACUGUGAAAAGGAAGUUGGAGGGAGCCCGAUCACCACUUAAUGGAGACCAGCAAAAUGGUGCUUGUGAUGGGAGUUUUUCUCCAACUAGCAAGCGAAUCCGAAAGGACAUUCCUACAGGGAUGGAAACCAUCAACAAUUUGCCCAACAACAUGCCACUGUCUUCAGCUUCUCCUCUUCACCAACUUGACCUUAAGCCUUCUUUGCCCUUGCAGAAUAGUGGAACUCACACUCCUGGGCUUCUGGAAGAUCUAAGUAAGAAUGGUAGGCUCCCUGAGAUUAAACUGCCUGUUAAUGGUUGCAGUGACCUGGAGGACAGCUUCACCAUCUUGCAGAGCAAGGACCUUAAACAAGAACCUCUAGAUGACCCUACUUGCAUAGACACAUCAGAAACAUCUCUUUCAAAUCAGAACAAGCUGUUCUCAGACAUUAACCUGAAUGAUCAGGAGUGGCAAGAAUUAAUAGAUGAAUUGGCCAACACGGUUCCUGAAGAUGACAUACAGGACCUGUUUAAUGAAGACUUUGAAGAGAAAAAGGAGCCAGAAUUCUCACAGCCUGCAACCGAGACCCCUCUCUCCCAGGAGAGUGCUAGUGUCAAGAGUGACCCAUCUCACUCUCCUUUUGCACAUGUGUCCAUGGGGUCUCCCCAGGCAAGACCUUCUUCUUCUGGUCCUCCCUUUUCUACCGUCUCCACAGCCACAAGUUUACCUUCUGUUGCCAGCACGCCCGCAGCGCCACACCCUGCCAGCUCACCAGCAAACUGUGCUGUCCAGUCCCCUCAAACUCCAAACCAAGCCCACACUCCAGGCCAAGCUCCACCUCGGCCUGGAAAUGGUUAUCUCCUUAAUCCAGCAGCAGUGACAGUGGCCAGUUCAGGGUCAGGCCCUGUGGCUGGGCCCAGCUCCGACAUGUCUCCAGCAGAGCAGCUCAAACAGAUGGCUGCGCAGCAACAACAAAGGGCCAAACUCAUGCAACAGAAGCAGCAGCAGCAGCAGCAGCAGCAGCACUCAAAUCAGACUUCAAGUUGGUCUCCUUUAGGGCCUCCAUCUAGUCCAUAUGGAGCAGCUUUUACUGCAGAAAAACCAAAUAGCCCGAUGAUGUACCCCCAAGCCUUUAACAACCAAAACCCUAUAGUGCCUCCAAUGGCAAACAACCUGCAGAAGACGACAAUGAAUAACUACCUCCCUCACAAUCACAUGAAUAUAAUCAAUCAGCAGCCAAAUAACUUGGGUACAAACUCCUUAAACAAACAGCACAGUAUUCUUACUUAUGGCAACACUAAACCUCUGACCCAUUUUAAUGCAGACUUGAGUCAGAGAAUGACACCACCCAUGACCAACCCCAACAAAAACCCCUUGAUGCCGUAUAUCCAGCAGCAGCAGCAACAGCCACAGCAGCAGCCGCAGCAGCCGCAGCAGCCCCCGCCACAGCUCCAGGCUCCCAGGGCACACCUGAGCGAGGACCAGAAACGCAUGCUUCUCAUGAAGCAGAAAGGAGUGAUGAAUCAGCCCAUGGCUUACGCUGCACUUUCAUCCCACGGUCAGGAACAGCACCCGGUUGGGCUUCCCCGCACCACAGGCCCCAUGCAGUCCUCCGUGCCCCCAGGCUCGGGCAGCAUGGUCUCUGGAGCCAGUCCUGCAGGUCCUGGCUUCCUGGGCAGCCAGCCCCAGGCAGCCAUCAUGAAGCAAAUGCUCAUAGAUCAGCGGGCCCAGCUGAUGGAACAGCAGAAGCAGCAGUUCCUGCGGGAGCAGAGGCAGCAGCAGCAGCAGCAGCAGCAGCAGAUCCUGGCCGAGCAGCAGUUGCAGCAGUCACAUUUACCCCGGCAGCACCUCCAACAACAGCGGAAUCCAUACCCAGUGCAGCAGGUCAAUCAGUUUCAAGGUUCUCCCCAGGAUAUAGCAGCCGUGAGAAGCCAAGCAGCACUCCAGAGCAUGCGAACGUCGCGGCUCAUGGCACAGAAUGCAGGCAUGAUGGGAAUGGGACCCUCCCAGAACCCAGGGACAAUGGCCACAGCAGCAGCCCAGUCGGAGAUGGGACUGGCCCCUUAUAGCACCACGCCUACCAGCCAACCAGGAAUGUACAGUAUGAGCACAGGAAUGACCCAAAUGUUGCAGCACCCAAACCAAAGUGGCAUGAGCAUCACACACAGCCAAACCCAGGGACCCAGGCAGCCUGCCUCUGGGCAAGGGGUUGGAAUGGUGAGUGGUUUUAGUCAGAGCAUGCUGGUGAACUCGGCCAUCCCUCAGCAGCACCAGCAGAUGAAAGGGCCAGUAGGCCAGGCCUUGCCCAGGCCCCAAGCCCCUCCAAGGCUUCAGAGCAUUAUGGGGACAGUCCAGCAAGGAGCACAAAGCUGGCAACAGAGGAGCUUGCAGGGGAUGCCUGGGAGGACUAGUGGAGAGUUAGGACCAUUCAACAACGGCGCCAGCUACCCACUUCAAACUGGCCAGCCGAGACUGACCAAGCAACACUUCCCACAGGGACUGAGCCAGUCGGUCAUAGACGCUAACACUGGUGCAGUGAGAACCCUCAACCCAGCUGCCAUGGGUCGGCAGAUGAUGCCACCACUCCCGGGACAGCAGGGCGCCAACCAGGCAAGGUCAAUGGUCAUGUCUGGCCUGAGCCAGGGUGUUCCUGGCAUGCCAGCCUUCAGCCAGCCCCCAGCACAGCAGCAGAUACCCAGUGGCAGCUUUGCUCCAAGCAGCCAGAGUCAAGCCUAUGAACGGAAUGCCCCUCAGGACUUGUCAUACAAUUAUAGUGGCGAAGGUGCUGGGGCUUCCUUCCCUGGCCUCCAGGACAGUGCAGACCUUGUAGACUCCAUCAUCAAAGGUGGGCCAGGGGAUGAGUGGAUGCAGGAGCUGGAUGAAUUAUUUGGUAAUCCCUAGUCAAAAAGAGUCCCAAGAGCUAUAGUCCUAGUGGGUAAAGCUUACAAAGUGAAAAAGAAACAGGAUGUUGGCCCAUCCUUGUUUUUUUUGUUUUUUUGACCCACGUAAACUGAGCAAAACUGCAGCUGGCUGACAGUGGAAGAUCCAGGUGCCAAUCCACAGACCCGCAGGACCUCAUUUCACCUGAUUUUCACACAGCAUUUGAGAUGAGAUACCAUCCAGAUUCCUGCUGCAAGAGAGGGAGACACGUGGAGGGGCAGGUGGGGAAGAUGGAGCCAGCCAAAGCCCCUCUACUCAGUGCUCCCUGUGAUUGCCUGGCCCAGCAUGAGCUGCUCCAGCUGAGAGGGACUGUUGCCCAAGGUCAGGUAUCUGACAGGCCCUCCUGCCCCAGGUCCGGAGACUGCAGCUUUGGAGACACACAACAGACAGAGCCUCGGCCGCGGAGAGUCCCGCUGAGUGCUAGGUGGUUGCACAGAGGUCAGAAGUGAACUGAACUCCGGGUAGAAAGAGAUGCGAGGCUUCAUAUUGCUACUGUGUUUGGAGGGGAGGCAUGAGGAACAGCAAGCUGGGUCCUACAGGCCUGUCUCCCACCCGUGACAUUCAGUGGCGUGGCUGGUGGCCGCCUCUCAAGGAGAACCAACAGAGCUGGGAGAAGGGUCUGCUGGUGGCCAUAACUCCAAGUUGGGCUGGAGCCUCUCGGGGGCCCAAUACAUGCUGGUAGUUCUCACCUACCCUGUGGCCUCAGGGUGGAGAGACCUCUGCUGGAUGCUACACGUCUGCCAGCCCCAGGUCUUCUCCCCACCCCGCCUUUAUUCCUGUAUUCCUCAGUCUGCC